CAAGAACAAUAUAAUGCCAUAUAUAGCUUGUUUGCUUGCUUAAUUAUAUCCACCAUUUACAACUUUCUCAACCUCUAUUUCUUUUUUUCUAAAGGGGUGGGUGAGUAGGGGUUUAAUUGAAUUCCAUAUAGCAUAUAUCCUCUAUAUAUAUAUGUCUCUAUAUCCACCACUUCUAUAUCCUCUCAUCAUUACCUUGAUCAUCAAAUAUUAAUUACUUGAAAAACAGCUAUGUCUGGUGUUUGGGUGUUCAAAAACGGCGUUGUCCGGCUGGUGGAGAAUGCCGGAGACUGCCAUGGCAAGAAAGUGCUAGUCCAUGUACCAACAAAUGAGGUUAUCACAUCAUAUUCUGUUCUCGAGAGGAAGUUGUCGUCUCUCGGUUGGGAGAGGUACUAUGAUGAUCCUGAACUCCUUCAGUUCCACAAGAGGUCCACAGUUCAUCUCAUUUCCCUCCCUAAGGAUUUCAACAAGUUCAAGUCCAUGCACAUGUACGACAUCGUUGUCAAGAAUCGCAACGAGUUUGAAGUCAGGGAUAUGUAGUAGUAGUAGCAGUAGUACUCAUAAUUGGUUAACUGAUCUCAUCAUCAGUUUGUGGUGAUCCAUAAUUAGGUUGUCUUGAUUCUGAGUGUUUGUUGAUUUCGAAUGGUGUCUGAGUAAUUAAAAGCCCUUUUGGACUUACCUAAUGGGGGCAAGAUUUGAAGUGUUUAACACGACUAGUUUAGUGCUCUUUUUAUUUUUGGUGCAAUGUUUGAUAUGUGUAACGUAUGUAUCUCAUGGUACGAGGUACUGCUGUGUUGUAAUGUUGUGAAAAUGAUGAGGGAUGGGGUUCGAGUCUAGGUAGGUUGUGUAAUAUUGAAGGUUGUCUAGUUUUAUAUGCAAAUUAACAGAGUGUUGUUUGUUUCGAUGCUGUAUUAAUCCUUGUGAUUUUGCAAUCAAUAUUGUCAAAGUGAGUUACAUAUCUAUAUAAAUGGUUUGGAUUGGUUUGUGAA